GGUGGAGAAGAGGGAAAGGGAGAGAGAGUGAGAGAGAGAGAGAGCGAGCGACGGGACCGGGAGGAAAGAGAAAUAAAGAGGAGCGGAGGGAAGGGAAGUGAGUUUGUGCGCGUGAGUGAGUGUGCGUGUGCGUGUGAGUGUGCAGGGGCGGGCGCGGGCGGGCGGGCGGGGGGCGGGCUCCUGGGCUCCCCUCCUCCCCAGCCCGCUCCUCUCGCUCCCUCGCCGACUCCGGGCCCCAGCCGCGGGCGGGCGGACGGCGGGCGGACAGCAUGCUGAGCCUCCUCGUUUGGAUCCUCACUCUCUCCGAUACUUUCUCCCAAGGGACCCAGACCCGCUUCAGCCAGGAGCCAGCCGACCAGACCGUGGUGGCUGGACAGCGGGCCGUCCUCCCCUGCGUGCUGCUCAACUACUCGGGGAUCGUGCAAUGGACCAAGGAUGGGCUGGCGCUGGGCAUGGGCCAGGGCCUCAAAGCCUGGCCACGGUACCGGGUCGUGGGCUCUGCAGACGCCGGGCAGUACAACCUGGAGAUCACAGAUGCUGAACUCUCUGACGACGCCUCUUACGAGUGCCAGGCCACGGAGGCCGCCCUGCGCUCCCGGCGAGCGAAACUCACCGUGCUCAUCCCCCCAGAGGACACCAGGAUCGAUGGCGGGCCUGUGAUUCUGCUGCAGGCAGGCGCCCCCCACAACCUCACGUGCCGAGCCUUCAACGCCAAGCCUGCUGCCACCAUCAUCUGGUUCCGGGACGGGACGCAGCAGGAGGGCGCCGUCGCCAGCACGGAACUGCUGAAGGAUGGGAAGAGGGAGACCACCAUCAGCCAGCUGCUCAUCAACCCCACAGACCUGGAUAUUGGGCGUGUCUUCACCUGCCGCAGCGUGAAUGAGGCCAUCCCGAGUGGCAAGGAGACGUCCAUCGAGCUCGACGUGCACCACCCUCCUACGGUGACCCUGUCCAUUGAGCCACAGACGGUGCAGGAGGGCGAGCGCGUCGUCUUUACGUGCCAGGCCACAGCCAACCCUGAGAUCCUGGGCUACAGGUGGGCCAAGGGGGGCUUUCUGAUCGAAGAUGCCCACGAGAGUCGCUAUGAGACGAAUGUUGAUUAUUCCUUCUUCACGGAGCCUGUGUCCUGUGAGGUUCACAACAAAGUGGGGAGCACCAAUGUCAGCACUUUAGUCAAUGUCCACUUUGCCCCCCGGAUUGUAGUGGACCCCAAACCCACGACCACAGACAUUGGCUCUGAUGUGACCCUCACCUGUGUCUGGGUUGGGAAUCCCCCCCUCACCCUCACCUGGACCAAAAAGGACUCAAACAUGGGGCCCAGGCCUCCUGGCUCCCCACCCGAGGCUGCUCUCUCUGCCCAGGUCCUGAGUAACAGCAAUCAGCUGCUGCUGAAGUCGGUGACCCAGGCCGAUGCCGGCACCUACACCUGCCGGGCCAUCGUGCCUCGGAUCGGAGUGGCCGAGCGGGAGGUACCACUUUACGUGAAUGGGCCCCCCAUUAUCUCCAGCGAGGCCGUGCAGUACGCUGUCAGGGGUGAUGGUGGCAAAGUGGAGUGUUUCAUCGGGAGCACGCCUCCCCCAGACCGCAUUGCAUGGGCAUGGAAGGAGAACUUCCUGGAGGUGGGGACCCUGGAACGCUACACGGUGGAGAGGACCAACUCAGGCAGCGGGGUCCUGUCCACGCUCACCAUCAACAACGUCAUGGAGGCCGACUUUCAGACCCACUACAACUGCACAGCCUGGAACAGCUUCGGCCCAGGCACAGCCAUCAUCCAGCUGGAAGAGCGAGAGGUGUUACCUGUGGGCAUCAUCGCCGGGGCCACCAUCGGCGCAGGCAUCCUGCUCAUCUUCUUCUUCAUCGCCUUGGUGUUCUUCCUCUACCGGCGCCGCAAAGGCAGUCGCAAAGACGUGACCCUGAGAAAGCUGGACAUCAAGGUGGAGACAGUGAACCGGGAGCCACUCACGAUGCAUUCUGACCGGGAGGACGAUACUGCCAGCGUCUCCACGGCAACCCGUGUCAUGAAGGCCAUCUACUCGUCCUUCAAGGAUGACGUGGACCUGAAGCAGGACCUGCGCUGUGACACCAUCGACACCCGGGAGGAGUAUGAGAUGAAGGAUCCCACCAAUGGCUACUACAAUGUGCGUGCCCACGAAGACCGCCCGUCUUCCAGGGCAGUGCUCUAUGCUGACUACCGUGCCCCCGGCCCUGCCCGCUUCGACGGCCGCCCCUCUUCCCGCCUCUCCCACUCCAGCGGCUAUGCCCAGCUCAACACCUACAGCCGGGCCCCGGCCUCUGACUACGGCCCUGAGCCCACACCCCCAGGUCCUGCUGCCCCAGCUGGCACCGACACCACCAGCCAGCUGUCCUACGAGAACUAUGAGAAGUUCAAUUCCCAUCCCUUCCCCGGGGCAGCAGGGUACCCCACCUACCGACUGGGCUACCCCCAGGCCCCUCCGUCCGGCCUGGAGCGGACCCCGUAUGAGGCAUAUGACCCCAUUGGCAAGUAUGCCACUGCCACGCGAUUCUCCUACACCUCCCAGCACUCGGACUACGGCCAGAGAUUCCAGCAGCGCAUGCAGACGCACGUGUAGGGCUAGAGCCUGGCCGGGGCAUCUCUGCGGGGCAGAGGAGAAGGCUCUCACAGCUGUUCCCUGAUAUUCAGGGGCAUUGCUCGUUGUUGCUCCCGUCCUGGACCAGCCUUCCUCCUCCCACCGUGGCAGGCAGGGAGCAGGUCUCCCGGAAACACCCCGUCCCGAGGAUGGUGCUCUGUGCAUGCCCCAGCCUCCUGGGCCUGCCCUUCCCUCUUCUUCGGGAGGAUGUGUCUCUUCUGACCUGCACUCUCGCCUGGCCCCAGCCUGGGGACGGGGAAAGUGAAGGUUGCGGAGAGCAGAGGGGGCACUUUUUAGCAUUCCCUUUCUAUCCCACCCCUCUGAUCUCCUGUGAGUAGACAGGGGGUCAUGUGGAGAUGAACAGGCUUUGGCCCAGGGGGCAUGAAGUGUAGGGGUGGGUGGCUCUGGUACAGAUAGGUGGAAGUGGGGUAGCCUGGCCAGUCCAUCUGUCGUCUGCGUUCAUACCUUGGAUGCAUCUCUCCCUCUUUGGGACUGCAGAAAGGACCUUGGAUUUAUUUUAGUCCUGGCACCGAGUUCAGAUCCAGCCCUCCUUCAGCUGGGAGUAAAGUGCCAGUCGUCCUGGCUGCCCAUGGGGACACCUGUCUGUCUGCCUGCAGAGGGAUCUAGGUAUGUCCUGUAGUGCUGCCCCCUUUGCUUCUUCUCUGUGCUGGGCCGGCCAGAUAAGCCAGGGGGUCGUCAUGGAGAAGGAAAGGUCAGGAACCAUGUCCUGAGUCACUAGCCAGACAGCAGUGUUCUAUAUAGCAGUUUCCAGAACCCACGCUAGAAUGAGCCCCCCCCCCAAGCCCCCUCCCCUCCCCAGUCUGCCCCACUUCCUGGCUUUAACUCUCUAGCAUGCCUGGGGAGUGGUGGGGUGAGGGUGGGAGUGCUAUAGGCUAUUUUUCAAAGACAACAAAAAACAAUAAAAACCUCAUUUGGAGAAAAAAAGCAAAAAAGCUGUAGGGAGUCCCCCACCCAAAUACAAGUCCCAGUGGAAAGGAAAGGGGGCAUCUGUUCUUCACCAGAUUCCCAACACCUUCCAUUACUCUUUCAGUCUCCAAGCACUUUGAAUCCAUUUUUAAACAUUCAGGCGGUGAGACCUGUCAUCCGAUGGGCGCUGAUAGGACAGGCAGGGGGCCUGGCUGUCGGGCUCUGCUGUCCUACCCUAGGGCCAACCAGCUGGUUGAGAGGCCACCUUCCCGGGGGCAUGGGAGAUGUUCUCUUUAGACGGGUUUUGUUCUGUUAAGUGUCUGGUUUUUUCUUGGACCAAUCAGAUUCCUUCUUCCAGUUUCAGUGCCUUGAGUGUCCAGCUUCGGUUGACCGGCCCUGGGUGGGUGGCUGCGCGGGGAGCCGGUAUUGUGAGCGCAAACUCACUGCCAAGUGUUGCAGAGUUUAGGGGACCGACGGGUGAGGGGGCCUGGUAAGGUCACGCGGAAGGGCACUGCAGGCAGCCACGGCCCAGGCGGCCCCCCACGCCCACCCUCACCUCCAUCUACACACACGCACGCACGCCUGCACAUGCAUUCCGCAUUCUCAGCCGCCACCUCCUGACCAAAGAGAACCGGCGCUCCAAAGAGCACUCCCUCCCCCGCCCCGGCCUCCCCUUCCCAAGAAGCAGGGUCUGCUCUUCCCCUUGAGCGGGCGGGUCCUCCGCUGCAAUCCCCAGAAUGCGCUUUGCCCUUUCUCGUGGUCGCCGUUCAUUAGUCAUGUUCGCUUUAAUGAGUUACAUGCCCAUCAGUCACGGGCCAUCGCCACCUUUGCGGAUGGCUCUGCGGGGUGACAUUCCUCACCAUCCCUUGGCUGGUAAGGACCCGCUCAUACCCAGGAAGAAAGUAGUUCCAGUUCCAGCCUCUAGAACUGCCUCUGCAUCCUCCUUCACUUCACCGGGGGCAAGUCCUGAGGAUCGGCCCUUCCAGAGGCAUCAUACAGGCUCCCAGCGCUAUUCCACCCUCACCCCUGGAAGCUGACUCCUUCCUGCGGAGUCCUUUUCUGUGAGCUCAGUGACAAGGUCUGUUAAGGAUGCAAAUUCAUGCAUAUUUUGAUGAUUUUCACAGAAGCCAUGGGUCAUCUAAACAGUUAAAAAUCUAAAGAUGGUGGCUUUUUAAACGGGAAUAUUCCAAAAGACAUUUACUUUUGUUAGGGGUUUGGCCACAUUCGCUUGUUUACUCCUUUUUGGUUUUAGUGCUGGGUCCAUUCUGUUGAUGGGGAGGAGGAGGCCCUGAGAUCACUCGGUAACUCAGCUGACACUGCAGGAACCAUGGGUUUUGGAAGCCAGAUACAGAGCUACUUCCCUGUUCUCUGUUCCUUAACACGUUACAGUACCUGGGUAUCAAGCAAGCACCAUGCAAGGCACAGGGAGACGUCAGCAACCAAGGCCAUCUCUGCCCUCUGCAACUUGCACUCUGGUCUGACCAGAAUCUGAAUGGGGACCGUCCUGUUAAGCCAGUGGAAUUGCUUUUCUGGGGAGUGGCAGGUGCCCCUGAGCAUGGAGGGUCCUCAGUCCUUGAUGUGGUCACUUUGGUGAUCCUGACUGCCUUUGCCAUUUUAGUUUUGGUGGGAAGAGCAAGGGGUCAGGAGACGUGGGACCCAGUUUUGAAGCUGCCAUUUACUGAGUGACCUUGGUCUAACCUCUUUAGGUUCAUUGCCCCCUAUUUUCUGGUCUUCAAGAUGAAGGGGGAGAGUUGCACAAACCUCGAAUUAUCCUGCUCUUGCUGUAUUCAUUUGGUGAGGUGCAAUGGCCUGCCAUCCCUAGCAAGGAUUUGGGAACAGUGACUGAGCAGGUGGAGGGAUGGGAGAAUUGAAAGGUUCUCCUAUCUUGAAAGAAGCUUUCACUGUGGGCUUCAUCACCUUGUCAGAAGUGUUGUGAAAGAAUUUCCACUAGAAACCCCUUAAUCCCAAACAGCAACAAAAAACAUCCUAAACCUCAGUGAAAUUGAUGUGGGGUUAUCCUUUGGCCAUUGCGCUGCUCCCCACUCAGAAUCCUGACAGUUUUGCAAAGGUGUCUCUGGCUAGGUCAGGGCACGGUGAGUUUCUUUCACUGUGCACCCAGGUUUCAGGCAGCCUUCUCCGUAGGGAGAAAUGGAAGCAGCCACCCUCCACCCCAGUCCUCAGGAGCACUCCCGUGGCCUGGGGACAGCCAGCCUCACUUACUGAGCAAGGGGAAGCCUGCAGGCUAAGGCGUCUCGAGCCAGAGGGCAAGGCCUGAGAACAGCUGGCAUCUCUGCAGGAGCAGUUGGGAAGGGCAGCUGGUAGACUGAAGAGGGAGUCCAGCAGUUUUUGACUUAAGUUCUGGAUCUUGAAGACGUUCUUGUGAUUCUGGAUGACCCACAGUCUCCUUGUGGAGGGCCCGGCUUGCAUCCUAAAUCCCAGAUCCCUCCAAGUCUAGCCACAAAGUACUCAUGAAGCAAAACCCACCAUAAGUCAGAAAGGAAAGCAGCCAGGGAUGGGGGCAGCGCUAUACUCUCACAGAUGUCCUGCACGGGAUGGAAGAGGUUAGUUUGAUUCCCAGCCCAUCCCCACCCCGUCUCCAGGCACUGCACCUUCUCCUUGUCCCAGCAGGUGCUGCUUUCCUUAUAAUUUUGAGGGCAGCCUUUUCUGCUUUACAGGAUGGAGCCCUGGAAUCUCACCCUGGUGCCCUCUCGUUAAACGGGUGGUGUUCUGUCAGGAGCCACAAGUCCUGGGCUCCUUCAGAUGGAAUCAGAUGGUCUCUCAGUGUACUUGACCCAUGUACAUAGCAGUGUUGGGCCAUUCAGGUUUGGAGAAAACCACGUUAAAGCCAAGAGCCCAGUUGGACUGAACUGGCUCAGUCACUGCCUCACUCUGCUGUGAGCGCGGUUCUCUCCCCACUGCUGCACACCCCAGCACCCCAGCCUCGGAAACCCUGGCUUCUCUGCCAACUUAGUGCUGUGUGUCCUGAGCCAGGUCACCACUCUCUGCCCCUACGGGCCCUUCUGCAUGUCGAGGGAAUCACCUGGAAGGCAUUAGUGAAGCUUCUGACCCUGGUGGGACCAGUAAGGAGGUGAUAAUAGAAUACUGAAGUGCACAGACCAAGGGAUGUAAUUGGAAAGGCAUUUAUUUUUGUGAAGAGGCUAUAAAAUUAGCAUUUAAAUAACCCAUCCCCUUCUCCCUGCCUCCCCCUUAUCCCCCCAUGAUACCUCUCCUUUCCUGGAGGCCAGCCUCUUUCUGUAAGGCACUGGCCUCACUUAUCAGCUGGGUCCUGACCUUCCACUUCUGUGCUGCUGGAAGAGGACGGAAAGAUGUGUGGCUCGGGAGAUUCCUCAAUUUGGGAGAUGGGGCGGGGCAGAAUCCCAUUUUCUUGCAUCACUGUGAGGGAGCUCCAGGCCCUGUCCCUGGAGGAAUAAUUGCUGCGCAGAAGUCACAGGCCAUACUGGGCGGUUCUGGUACAAGCCUGCCCUUAAAAAUAAUAACAAUAAUGAUAAUAAUAACUCUGUUUGCAUAGAGCUAUCACUCAUUCCUACCAAUCUCCUGUCCCCUGAUCCUGGCUUUUUGCUGUCCCCAACCACUGGCCUUUGCAAGUGUUGGUGGGCCAUGGGUUCUUCUGUUCACUUCUGGGAUCUUCAGAUGCUUCCCCCGGGAGUACCCCUAAUUCUGGGGAGAGAGCAGCCAAGUUGCCAAUACAGUCAAAUUCUCGACGCAAUCUUGCUAGCAAUAGUGACCCAGAAGAUUCGGCUGCUGCCUCCAAUUACACCAGAAUGAGGCCCAGGGCUCCCUGUGGUCCCUUUUUCUACCCCACCAUUCUUGGGAUUACAACCACCACUUCUGGCUCCAGUUAAAUUUUCUCCACCCAAACCCUGAUAAUAAAUGGAUCCAUGAUGAUAAUUAAGAGAAGAGGAAAAAAAAAUAUUAUUUUUGUUAGGACAAACCAUCGUAGAUUUUUAGCAAUGUGUAUCUGUGUGUCCCUCACACUUUUUCCUAUUCUGCCUUUUUUCAUUUUCCUUUUUUUUUUAAAUAUUAUGUACUAUAUUUUUAGUCUCAAGCACACUAUAUAUUAUAUAUAUUUAAUUUUUUUAUAUAUAUAAAUAUAAAUGUUUUAAAAAGUA